AUGGACAAUGUGAGUGUAGCAGCCCCAGUGUAACGCAUUCAUCACUUUGUGUGUACGCUUAAGAAAGGGAGAGAGAGAGAGAGAGUGUGGGGGGCGGUCAAUCCGAGUUGGUCAGAUGGUAUUCCUGCUCAUCUCGCUCUGCCAGUUAAGUCGAAUCGCAGUCAGCCGGCGGCGCACGGCGGUGGUCUCUCUCUGGUGGGCUCCCACUAUCACAGCAUCGCUUCAGGACUGUCUGAGGCCCUCUCGCCCAGCGCCCAUUUAACAGUCCCAGGUUUUGGCAGUGGGGGGGGGGGGGAAGUGAAAAAUGGAGGGGGCGACGAAGGGGAUCAACCUGACAUGUGGCAUGUCCGGAAACCAUGAUAUCAUCUUCACUUUGGUGCCCAUCGUCUACAGCUGCAAUUUUGUCAUCGGCAUCGUGGGUAACAGCAUGGUGGUGGCGGUCAUCUACUGCUACAUGAAGCUCAAGACGGUGGCCAACAUAUUUGUGCUCAACCUGGCCGUGUCCGACCUCACCUUCCUCAUCACGUUGCCCAUGUGGGCCACGUUCACCGCCACGGGCUACCACUGGCCCUUUGGGGCCUUCCUGUGCAAGACCAGCGCGGGGCUAGCCAUCUUCAACCUGUACACCAGUACUUUCUUCCUCACCGCGCUCAGCAUCGACCGCUACCUGGCCAUCGUGCACCCGGUACGCUCGCGGUGCUUUCGCACUGUGGCGUACGCCCGCAUCACCUGCGUGGUGGUCUGGCUGGUGGCCUUCGUCCUCAGCGUGCCCACGGCGUUGACGCGGGACGUGCACAACAUCGCAAACUCCAACAACACCUUGUGUGGCGUCCUGCACCCGACCGGCGAGAAGCGCGUGAGGCUGAAGGGUCUCCUCCUGGCUAUCAGCCUCAUGAAGAGCCUGAUGGGGUUCCUGGUGCCCUUCGUCAUCACCAUCACAUGUUACUGCCUGAUCGGGCGGGCUCUGGUGGGCGCCAGGCACAUCCAGAAGAGCUCGAGGUCCCGCGACGAUGAGGUUCUGCACAUGCUCGCCGCUGCCGUCCUGGCUUUCUUCCUGUGCUGGAUGCCUCACCAGGUGUUCCACUUCCUGCAGGUUCUCACCCAACUCAUGCUGGUUGAGAACUGUGCCAUGGUGGAAAUCAUCGACACCGCCAUGCCCUUCACCAUCUGCCUGGCUUACCUGAACAGUUGCGUCAACCCCAUCGUCUACGGCUUUGUGGGACGCAAUUUCCGCAAGAACUGCAAGCGUCUGCUGCGCUGCUCGCCCGCCGGACCCCCGGGGGCACACCCGAGCAUCAGCUCCAAGAUGAGCGCCCUGUCCUUCCGGGCCUCCGAGGCUCUGAGCCUGACGGCCCAGAAGAGCAAGUCUUCAUCUGAAGCGAAGUAACGGCGGGAACGGGAUCACUCUUGAUUACAGUGGGCAAAAGAAGACAUUCCAUGGUUGGAAAACCCCAACACUCCAAGCACUGAAGCACGCAAAGGCUGUCUUGAUGUCCCAUAGCAUGCUUGUCAAUCCGUCACAAGGAAUAUCUAGAAAAAAUACAUGUCACUUAAUAUAACGGUGAUGCCUUCUUUGCUUCAGCGUGGUACACACACCGACAAUCGGGCCGCAUUUGAGCAUAUUUCCUCCCUUGCGAUCAAAGUUAACAAGGACCCGAUUAUCAGAUGAAAGAUUCUCAUGUUGUGUGCAUUAAGAGUGAUUUUCCCUCCCCAAUCUGCUCAGAAAACAGUUGCAGCCCACAAUCGCAAAUGUUGAACCUGUUCAAUAUUUACGAUCACAAAUCGUGUCUGUGGUCAACAGAGUUCAGACGAUCCACCGGCUCCAGAUUGUGUCGUGAAACGUUAAGCAGGUUACACGCAUACCGACAAUCAGGCCAGAUUUUAGCAUUUUCCCUCUGUUGUGAUCAAAGUAAGCAAGGGCCUGAUUAGAGGGAUGUGUUACAAGUAAACUUUCCACACCGAUCUGCUUGGAAAAUGUUUAGGGUCGACAAUUGCAAUUCCUGAUGUGUGUGGUCAACACCGAGUUCGGCUGAGGCAUGGACUCUGUGACUGUGGCAUGAAAAGGUAAUGAUACGUUUGUUUGUUUUAUUGUCCCAUUAUCAGACCUCAACAGAAAAGAUUCUUCUGUGCGAUAUCAAUAUUUAUAAUUGCAAAUCCUGAUGAAAAGAAACCAUAGCCAAUCAGGACUGGACCUGAAGCACACGAUGUUGCCUGACUCAAAUAGAGGAGCAACUGGUUGUGUUGAGUGUUUGUACAACUUAUCUCACAAAUCAUGAAUCCUGGAAGUGAUCAUUAAACUUUUACGUCAUCCUCAGCUCAGAUUAAACAGCAUUGACAAAAGCAUUUGGUCAUUUAGCGUCAGCCAUCUUUCUAAUGCAGAUUGGGGCCCAUUUGGGUGAAUUCCCUUGCAGGAUUUUGUCAACGUUAGAGCACUCAAAUUCAUCCAAAGUGGCUGCUUCAAGGCAAAAUGGUGUACUUCCUGUCCAAUUACGGGCACAAGUCCUUGAGUCUUUUUUGUGUGCCCUGUCAUGAUAGAAAUGUCCACCCGGUUUCAUGUCGAACAGUGAAACUGGUGACGGGGGCUCUCAUUUUCACAUAUUUUAAAGGAGUUAAAUAUCGAUGUGCGUGUACGCUGCUUUAGCCAAGUGUUUGCAUAUAGCACAGGCUGUUGAGCCAUAAAGACGUGGCGCAGUCAUUUUUCUGGUGAAACGUUUCGUGUGCUCUGCAGCUCCUUCGCCAGUCGAAGCGGGGGGAAGAAAAAAAUAAAUAAAUACAAAAUUAAAAAGUAGUUUUGUGACGCGGGAAAAGUGACGUAAAAGUACUGUACGGCAUAAAAAUACAGAGAAUGCUAUAUGGUAAUUGGACUGUCCAAUAUGCUCCUUGUGCAAAUGUCAAAAAAAUGUCAAUACUUGGUGGUAACAUAAGAAAAAUGGGUGGUUGUCUUUGUGGUAUUUAAAUAUGUUGAUAUAUUGUUUUCUACUGUCUAUGUGUACAGUUGUGAAUAUGUGAGAAUAUGAAUAAAAUACAACACAGUGGACAUUAUU